CGCGUUGACCUGUCAGCGGUGCAGAGACUGAACACCUGCGCGCGAGCUUCAUCACAGUGACAGACGAGAUUCAAACACGUAUUCCUCUGGGGGAAAAGUGGCUAAUUGAUUGACACAUGGAGCUCAUCGGAUCCACCCAGAUGGCCACUUACACUCGGCCAAAAACCAGCCACUUCCUGCCAGCCAUUUCCACCACAGCGUCCAGCUACAGAAGCCACCAGCCACCAGUGAGCCUCAACCAGAACUCCAACAUGCCCUGGAGGACCAACUCUUAUUACAGAAGCGGCAGCGCUAUCCCGACCAUAUCAGCCCUCCAAAGAGACAACCUUGAGUUAGUCCGGGCCAAAACCAUGUUCUACCCCUCGAACAGGAUGGCUCUCAGCACACGCUACAUGCCGGACGACUGGUACAAAUCCAAUCAGAGUAACUACAGGGAGUCCGAGUCAUCCCGCAACAGUGCUGAGAGGCUUCGGCGGGACACAAUUCGCCUCAUUCAGGAUAAGGAGCAGCUGACCCGCAGAACUCAGGACACCACCAGCAAGAACAUCGGAGAGAGGCUGAACGACAUCAGCUUCUGGAGGUCUGAGAUCAACCAUGAGAUUGACAACAUGGUGACUGAGAUUUCAGCACUGUCGGAUGUGAAAAGGAGGCUUGAAAGAGCUCUAGCUGAGACCGAAGGGCCACUGCAGGUGGCUCAGGAAUGUUUGUUCCACAGGGAGAAGCGGAUGUCUAUUGAUCUGGUUCACGAUGAUGUAGAGAUAGAUUUGAUUAAGGAAGUGGAGGUCAUUAAAUCAUGUCAGGAGAGAAUGAGGCGACAUUUAGAGCGAGCUGUUGCUCAACUAGCGGCGAAUCGUGCAGCACAGCACGAGCUGGAGAGAGAUUUGAGUGACAAAGUCACAGCUCAGAGAAUUGACGACCGAUGUCACCAUCUCCGAAACACCUCUGACGGGAUCAGCUACUACAGAGGGAUCGAUCGCCUCGACCCAUCUAUCAGUCUUCCAGACUCCUGGUCGAAGUUCACUGAUGACAACAUCCUACAUUCUCAGAGUGAACGCGCUGCUUCUCACAAACUUCGCGAUGAGAUUGAGAUUCUGCUAAAUGCCACAUCAAACGAGAUGUGGAAUCAGUUUAACAGUGUAAACGUGUCCUUUACCAACCGCAUCUCUGAGACAGCAGACACCAAGAACAAUUUGCAGACUCACCUGGCUAAGACUCUUCAGGAAAUUUACCAGACCGAGAUGCUGAUUGAAGCUCUGAAAAAGGCAAUGCGAGACAAAGAGAACCCACUAAAAGUUGCCCAAACCCGUCUGGAAGAGAGAACUCGUCGUCCCAAUGUUGAACUGUGCAGAGACAAUCCUCACCACAGGUUGAUCACAGAGGUGAGGGAGAUUGAAGACACUAUUCACAAACUGAGAGAACGACUGAUGGAGGCUGAAAACACCCUUCAGACCCUGGUGAAGACCAAAAUUACUCUAGAGCAUGAUCUGUCCAUCAAGGCCAACUCUCUGUUCCUGGAUCAGGAGAAGUGCAUGAGCAUGAGGAAGAGUUUUCCCAGCACUCCUCGCCUAGUCGGGUUCACAUAGACCUUCCAGAACAUCCAGAAGCUGCUGAAACACAAGCUUGAUUGUUUCUUUUUAGUAGUCUUAAUUUAAAUGAAUUGACAUUAUUGUUUCUCUUGGCUUUGUGUUUUAGGUUAAGCACACUAUAAUGGUUGUAACUGAUUGUUCAUUCACUGUAUUAAAAAA